AUGAAGCUUCCUGUCGUCGUCGGGGGCCUGCUCGGCUCCGUCGCCAGCGCCCACACGCUCUUCACCACGCUCUUCGUCAACGGCAAAAACCAGGGCGACGGCACCUGCGUGCGCAUGCCCCAUGACAGCGCCACGGCCAACGGGCCCGUCUACCCCAUCACGGGCGACGACAUGGCGUGUGGCCGCAACGGCGGAGAGCCGGUUGCAUUCACCUGCCCGGCGCCACGAGAGGCGACCUUGACCUUUGAGUUCCGCGUGUACUCGAGCGGCAAGAAAGCGGGUGCCAUCGCCGACGACCACAAAGGGCCAUGCGCCGUCUACGUCAAAAAGGUCAACGACAUGUACGCGGACAAGGCCGCGGGUCCGGGCUGGUUCAAGAUCUGGGAGGACGGGUACGACGCGGCCACGGGCAAGUGGUGUGUCGACAAGCUCAUCGACCACAAGGGGCUCUUGUCGGUGCAGCUGCCAGGCGGACUACCGGCCGGCUACUACCUCGUGCGACCCGAGAUCCUCGCCCUUCACAACGUGCACGCGGGCGACGCCCAGUUCUACCUCGGCUGCGCCCAGGUCUUUGUCGACGAGGGGCCGCGACGGGCGCUCGAGAUUCCGCGGGAGUACGAGGCCAGCAUCCCCGGCCACGUCGACGCGGCCGACGCGGGACUCAGGUACAGCAUCUACCGCAAGCCGCUCCCAGCAUACCCAAUGCCCGGCCCCAAGGUGUACGUCCCCACAGUGGGGGCCCGGGGUGGCGCGGCGGCCAAGAUGGCCAUGGUCAAGCUGGCGCAGAAGCAGGGCGUCGUGCCGAGCGAAUGCCUGAUCAAGAACGCAAACUGGUGCGGCAAGCGACUGGCGGCGCACUCGGACCAGCGCGGCUGCUGGGCGGCCGUCGACGAGUGCUACCGCCAGAGCCAGACGUGCUGGGACGGCGCGCCGCCGAGCGGAGACGCCAAUUGCGACGUGUGGCAGGCCUACUGCCGGGAGGCCGAGUCGGGCUGCCAGCGCUGGGGCGGGGCUGUCGAAGCAGUCCCAGGGCGGACGCUGCGGCGGCUCGGAGGGUCGGACGUGCCAGGGCACUUCGUUUGGCGACUGCUGCUCGAGCAGAGGGUGGUGCGGACGGUCAGCUCAGCACUGCGGUGA